GUCAGAAAGAUGCGGUACUUCCAGAUGAUGCUGCUUUGAGAUAAUGAUGCGUCACUUUGCUGUCGUGAUAUUACUGUUACUCUUGGAAAUGUCAGUCGAGGCGCGCAAAAGGGAGAUGAUACCGAUUUGCUCAGACAUGUUCAAUAAUCCCAAAGUUUCCAAUCGCCAGUGCAAAGCAGCUUGCUUGAAAAAGAAGAAAUGCCCAAAAGGAUACUGCAAGGUAAAAGGCAAUCGCCCGCGAUGUCUCUGUUUGGAUUGCCCCGGUCAUAAGCGUAAGAAUAAGAAGAAGAAGCAACUUUGAUCUCUUGGAAAAAUUAAAUAAAUGUUUCUCUAA